AUGUCAGAGGCUCCGUCCAAGACGGCAGUGAAUAGGCGUUCCAGCUUGGCUUCCCGCCUACCCAAGAAGCGUGAUGAGGCGCCAUCGACAUGCGGCUCGCUCCAUCGAACAGUUGAAACAACAUACGAUGCGGCGUAUGCCGCGCGUCCGGCAGGUGCGUUAAACAAUGCCCAUAGCGCUCAUGCAGCCAUGGAAGGCGUUCGGGCGGCAGACGGUACUGCUCAAGCAAAUAGAGGGCAGCCGUAUAUCCUGCACCACCAUCCCACCUCCGCGUGGGAGUCAACGUCCCACGCUGCCGCGCGCAAUCUGCAGGCGGAGCAGCCGCUAGACUUUUUCGCAUCAGCUCGCAAAAUUGAACGGGAGGACGAUGACCGGCGCGGCGGUCUGGUGGGUUGCAUGCAACGCUCGCUGGAUAUCCGUACUAAGCGCGCCGAGGAUGCCAGACUGUGCCCACCUACCCCGGUAUUCCGCUCAAUUGAGACGCGAGCGACGCCGCCCGCGGUUGCGCAGGAAAAAUUUGGUGUGAAGAGUAACUACAUAGACCUGGUAGAGUGUACUCAUCUAAAGCCGGAAACGGAGGAGCAGAUCGGCUACGACGACGCCCCUCUGAUGCGUCUGCCAGGCGAGACACUCUCGCAGGACCUGAAGGUGCAGAGCAAAGCUAUCACACAAAUGGGCACCUCACACGAGUUGUUUCGCGGCACUCCCAAAUAUCUCGCGGACACAUCAGUCAGCUACAUGGGGCACGUCCCAAUCGCCGACCGCAACGUGUCCUGCAUUCACCAUGGAGACGACGCGCGCCGGCUGUUUGCCAAGUCCACCAUGACCAUGGCAGUGCACGGCAGGGGCGUAGACAUUGCUGUCAUCGGCUCUAACUUGGUCACCCGCCAUCGUGGAGGUAAAAACGCCAAGGCACCUCGUGCGCUUCCACCGAAGACGCCCGACAUUAUCAAUCGGACGGUUGAGGGACGCAUGCUGCAGCAGACACUCUACGGAACGCUCGAACGCGAGCGACAAAUGAACAUCCGUGACGACGCGCAAGGUCACCGCUACUUCUAA